ACAAAAGUUUUUCAUGACAACCACAACCAAAAUUCAAAAUUGAUAACCUGUGAUUGCAAAAAAAAGUCCAAAUAUUUUAUUCGAAAACAACCCCCAUCGGGCAACGGCUAAAUAAACGGGGGUGGCGUUUUAUACUGGUGCAUGAUCCACCCCGAUUUGGAAUAAAUCCCUCAUGAACAAUUCUCCAACCAACCGAAGCGAUAUCUUCUUAUCUAAAUUGAUCAGUAAAGAUGGACGUCGUUCUUGAGGACCAGCAACAACUCGAAAAUGAACCUCUCCGCUAUAUCUCCCCGGACGAGCAAUCAACCUCGACGCAGGGCAGCAUCUCCGUCGCCUGUCCAUUCCUCCCGGAUGGCAACCACCAGCUGGACGGUGGCGACGAGGACGAUGGAAUUUCUCGCCCCGAAAUUACUUCUGAUGACCAGGAUGAAAUCAAACUCCUCUUCUCCAUGAAACACUCUCCCGCUUUUGACGACAACAGUUGCUCCCUCAUCCCCACCACCACGCUGACCAAUGAGGACUCCCAACUACAGAAACAACGUCGUCACCACACCGAGCUGACGACCAUCUCGGCCUAUCGAAACUACAUGGAAGUCGCCACCGCCAUAACAUUCCAGCUAAUGGAGGCUGUCCAGCUCCUCGAAAUGGCGUCGAAUCAUGUCACGAGGACCAUCCCUAUUACGGACUACCUUCUCCCCGUGACCGCAUGGGAAGCCUGGAUCUGGGUGGUGGAAGAAUGUGUCACCCUCACCCUCAAGAAUGCUCCCCCAAAAAGGAAGCCAGAACUGAAAUCCCUCGCUCAAGACUGCAUUGAAAAGUUCGCAAAAAACUGCAAACUCCUCAAGGACGACGUUCUCAAAGUGCAGAAAACUCUGGCCAAGCUACAGCACGAGUUCGUACGGGUGGAAAAGGCGUCACGAGCCAAGUUUAGGGCCAAUCUGAUCGGGGCGGAGACAGAGUACGAGUGCACGGAAAAGGCAAAGCUCAUCAUGGACUUGAAACGACGGGCGGAACGGGGUCAUCCCCACAAGCAUUUCGAGCAUCAUCACCUCAUCAAGUCGACCAAGGGAAGGAAUAAAGUCAUGGAGCUGCGCUGGGACUUGAACGGGGUCACGUUUCGCGUCAAGAGUGAGACGGAGCAGGCCUGGGUCAAACUCAACUCGGUCAAAAGCCUGCAAGACAAGAAGAUCCUCAUCCAGCACUUUGUCCGAGGGGCGAACGACUUUGUUCCGCGGGUCGGCAGAAUCGCGCAACACUUUGUCAACAUGUUGUCCAGUGCGGAGAGGAGCAGCAGCAAUAACAACAAUGUCCCUGCUUCUGGGAGGGAGAGCAUUUUAGCUGAGAUGAAGGAGCAGAGGGAGCUUCUCUCCACAAGAAUGGCCCCCUUUUACCCCUCUGAGGAAGUCCAGAUGCACUGCUCAACCCUUGUCAAUGGGGAUCUACUUAAUCGGCUGUAUGACAUCGUGGCCCAUCUUGAGGACAGUGUGGGCGGAUAUGCGGACACAGUGAUGGCCUUGCGAGCAAGGAGACGCGACGUUGCGAAGGGAUUUGGGAGAAGAAUGCCGCUCGAUAAGUGGGCACGAGUCGACCUAAAAAUUGAGGUCGAUGGCUAUGCAACGGAAAUCUAUCGGAGGAAUGUAGGGAAAGGUGGUGCUGCUACGUAUGAAAGUCAUGACGGUGGAUCAGGAGAAAGCCGAGAAAACUCAGUACACUUCCUAUCCAUCCCGAACACUAAUUUUGGCGAUAUUCCGACGCCCUCCACCACCACCACGACUGAGCAGAUUCCACUCCACGAGCGCUUAAACUUUGGUGACGCUGCUCCUCAAGACUUUGACCUGCCAGCCGAAUGGAGCCGAAGUGUACAGCAAACUUGCUUCUUAUUUCGCGACACCCGGCGUGAAUGCAAACGAGUGGAAUACGUCCUCUCCAAAGGAGUGAACCUAGACCCCAAGUACAUCGCUCUCUGUGGCGACGGUAUCAAAACGAUGAGCGAUGCCGUCAGAAAGUUGGAACAAUGGGUCGAAAUCGCCAAGAAAUUUGUCUACGAGACGAUGGACUGCAUCACCUCACAAGACCGCGCGGCUCCCCCCUCUCACGGAAACCAGCUCGCCCACUUCAUCCACCUCACCUUGCAAACGAUCGAACGCUGGCACUGCAACACACUCUCCUACCUCCGCAAAUUCACCUUCGCCAAUGAAAAGCUGCUCGAGAAAACGACCGAGUUGGACAAAACCUUUCGCACAAUUAUGGCCGUCUUCUCCAAGAUAAAAAACGAUCUCAAAACACUCGACGAGGCAAUCAAACUCCACCCUCAAGUUGUCAAGUUUCGUCAAACCAUCCCUUUCAAGGUGGUCCCCCAACCGGAUGCGUCCACUCCUUGCGACGAGGACGAACCUGCUGAUCCACAGACCAGGAACGAUGUUUUCAUAAAGUUUAUCGACUCAGAUGUGGAGUUCACAGUUCGAGAGAAGACAAAUGACGACGGCAAGGUGAGACCCUGGUCAACCUUUUUCUUACGCGACGUGUCCAAAGCGUAUCAAGCCGACAUCGUCUGCACCCCGAUCUACCAGCAAAUCAGGAUCAUUAACAAGGCCAUUUGUAACAUUCAAGCAGUUCAGAGAGUGUUGGAAUCCUUCCAAAUUUGCGAAUUGUGGGAAAUCAUCGUCCCACCUGUCACAAUACGGGAAAUCCCACCCAUGCCAGAUUACAACAGGUUAGAGAGCAUAGUCCUUGCCGUGCUGAUUAAUACCGCCAGUACGUCGGUGUACUCCAUCUCGCCCUCGCUUAUUGAUCUGGACAAUCAUAUUGGACAGCUUAGCAGCCUCGUUCACGUCUUACAAAUCCACGCCAAAGCGAAACAACUCGUCGACCAUAUCGCAACAACUGGGGCAAAGACGACGACGACCAAGCGAAAAGUGAAGAUCGACCUGGAAGAGAAAGAACAGUUCAGACAAGUUCAAACCUACGUGGACAAUUUGCCUACCGAAUUCGAGAUUUGGGAUGGUCCCCUCGCUCACGAAUAUGCCAAAACCAUUAAAUCCUCGCUCAAAAGUCAAGAGCGCUUGGAACAAUUCAGGAAACAGACUGCUAAUCCAUCCAAGGAAAUUGAAACUACGACAAGUGAAGCUAAAUUAUAA